UAAUUUCUCUAGUUUCUUCUACCUCCCCAAAUUUUGAUUUUUGCCAUUUUGGGUCUGGCGUGUGGGUAGAUGGAGAACUCGAAUACUCAUCGAUUGUCACCGGCACUCGAUUUAUGAGUCACCACUGGACAUUUGUAAGUUUGGAGAAAUCUUGAGAAUUUAUCCUGUCGUCUUAUUUAUGAGCUCGAAUCGUUUCAAGCAUUUGGUGUUUCAGUGAAGAUUGUGCAAAAUGCUUCCUGCUUUUUCCAACUCGUUAUCUUCUUCUUGCGGUACUGAAAAGGGAACAACUUUACAGUCUCUUACCUCGUUGAUUCAUUCCUGAGAAUUUGUCCUGUGGGGUCUUCUUAUGAGCCAGAAUUUGUAAGCAUUUGGUAACCUCAUUGCGUUCUCAUGUAUACUACUCUGAUUCUCCAUGGAAGAAGGUCUCUCGUGUUACAGAAAUGGCGAAAUGGAUUCUCUGCUUUUUCCAAUUCCUUCUCCUCUGCUAGUGCGGUUGCAGAUGUGAGCCUUCCUCAAGAUGGUCGAAAAGAGAAGAUUUUUACAGUCUCUUACCUCGUUAAUUCAUUGGGUUUAACUAGGAAACUCGCAGAAUCGAUCUCGAGGAAAGUCAGCUCCGAGGGCAAGGGAGAUCCAGAUUCCAUUCUGAGUCUUCUUAGGAGUCAUGGGUUCACAGAUUCUCAGAUCUCCAGCAUCGUUAGCAUUUAUCCACGGUUGUUUAUAUUAGAUGCUGAGAAAUCUAUUGGUCCCAAGCUUGAGUUUCUGCAGUCCAGAGGAGCUUCAACCUCUGAGCUCACUGAGAUUCUUUCAAAAGUCCCUACAAUCUUGGCAAGGAAAGGGGAGAAAACUAUCAGCAUAUACUAUGAUUUCGUGAAAGAGAUCAUAGAAGCCGAUAAGAGCUCCAAGCAUGUAAAGUUGUGUCAUUCUUUGCCACAGGGUAGUAAGCAGGAGAACAAAAUCAGGAAUUUAUCGGUUUUGAGGGAAUUGGGCAUGCCUCAGAAGCUGUUAUUCUCUAUACUCAUCUCCGAUAACCGUAUCUGCUCUGGAAAAGAAAGAUUUGAAGAAUCUGUCAAGAAGGUUGUUGACAUGGGCUUUGAUCCGACAACCUUUACCUUUGUCGAAGCUCUACAGGCUGUUUAUACUAUGAGCGUCACAACGAUGGAAGCAAAAGUAAACGUUUAUAAAAGGUUAGGCUUUGAUGUGGAAGAUGUAUGGACAGUGUUCAAGAAGUGGCCAAAGUUUCUGGCACUCUCGGAGAAGAAUAUAGUAAACUCAUUUGAAACAUUUCUAGGGCUAGGAUUCAGCAGAGAUGAGUUUGUGAUGAUGGUCAAGCACUAUCCUCUUGUACUUGGAUUUAGCAUUGAGAAGAGGAUUGUACCAAGAUGUAACGUAAUCAAAGCUCUCAUUUCCAAAGGAUUGAUGGGAAGUGACCUCCCUUCAGUGUCGUAUGUCUUGACAUGGACAGAUAAUGUGUUCUUAGAAAGGUGUGUGAUGAAGCAUGAUGACAAGCAGCUGGUGACUGAGUUGAUGGCUAUCUUUACCACCAGAGAUCGUGUUUCAUAGAUUAGAAGGCUUGUCAAGGUUUGUUUUUUUUUUUUUUUUUUUCUUCUGUAAGUUUUUAGAUUUGUUGAUGAAUCCUAUGACGCCAAGAAUGGGAAGCAAAAUAAGGACUUUAUCUAUAAAUCUCUCAAACCCAAUUUAUACUUUUGCAAUCUGAAGUUGUCCCGGAUCCCAUCCGACUUGGAAAAUAAGAAAUAGUAACUUUGAAUUUUUACUU